AUGUUUGCAGCACGAGCUAUUGGCCGAACGGCGCGGGGUCUUCCCAAAUGGACUCAAUUCCGUUGUGUUUCCACGCUAGAAGGGAACCCUUACAUAUACGUGUUUCCAAAUGCUGGGCCAACAGCUGGAUCGCACAUACUGUCAUUAUUGCCCUCGGAGCCAGUCAACCCAGACCUAGCCAUCGGGGUUUCCAGUCAACUGCCGCCGACAACAGACUCCUUCAGGGAAAACCCGAAGUUCUUGGAUAUAGUUCAAGAAGUAUGCUCCGAGCAUGCGCAUGAAGACCCCGACGCCAAGUCCCAAGCACAAGUUAUGGUUUCCAUGGCCGGGGCGAAUCUGAACUCAGGCGGCGUGCUUUUAACUGGCCAACGCCAGCGAGGAAGGAAACGUCGCGGGGAAGCUGGUGAUUCCAACAGUGGUGCUAGUGGCCAGGGUGGUGCGGGAUCUGGUGGUCGUGGUGGUUGGAUCCAUGUGUCGGAUAGCAGACGGCCCCCUGACUAUGGACGCAUUGCAUGGCCAGAGGAUAUGUUUGGUAGUCUGGAGGUGGAUGGGAAUGGUCAAUUUGUUGGCGGCAACGGCAACUAUCAACCUAGUGGUACCUAUCGGAUGGUGACCCGAGACGGAAUCUUUGGGUUGAGUCCCUUCCUCAGAGAGAAGUUGGUUAAGAAGCUUCGAGAGCUGGAGACCCAAAAAUCUUGUUAA